AUGUCAAUUGAUAUCGUUUGCUGCACAAACUGGGAGCUCACCGCGUACCACGUCCCGCUAAUCGUGGCAAAGUACAAGGGCUACUUCAAAGACGAAAACCUUCGCGUGGCGACGAUCCACCCCGAGGAUGUUUCCGACGUCACCGAGAUAGUUGGCUCGGGCAAGGCAGACCUCGGAUUGAAGGCUAUGAUCCACACGCUUGCUGGUAAAGCCCGCGGCUACCCGAUCAAAUCCAUUGGUACACUCAUGGACGAGCCCUUCACAGGUCUGCUCUACCUCAAAGGCAAUGGCGUCACAAAUGACUUUACCUCGCUUAAGGGCAAGAAGAUUGGCUACGUCGGCGAAUUUGGUAAGGUUCAAGUAGCUGAGCUUGCCCAAGCACAUGGCAUGCGCGAUGAUGAGUACGAGGCUGUUAGAUGUGGAAUGAAUAUCUCCAAGGCACUCAUCGAUGGCAAGAUUCAUGCUGGUAUCGGUCUCGAGAACAUGCAACAAGUAGAGCUCGAGGAGUGGUGUAAAUCUGUCAAUCGUCCUGCGACGGAUGUGCAGAUGCUGCGUAUUGACCAACUUGCCGAACUGGGAUGCUGCUGCUUCUGUUCAAUCCUCUACAUUGGUAAUGAAGCAUGGCUUGAAGCACACCCCAACGAAGCUCGUGGCUUUAUGAAAGCUGUCAAGAGAGCUGCCGACGAUCUCAUUCGCGAUCCAAAGGGCACUUGGGAACUCUUCCAAGAGUUGAAGCCCGCUAUGAGAAGUACCCUUGCAUCUCUCCAAUUCGCCAGAUCAUUCAAUUAUAUGCGCUCGGACCUGGCUAACGUCGACCGUGACUGGAGAAAGGUUACUGGAUACUCUCAACGUCUCGGUAUCUUCCCCGAGGAACUCCAACCUAACUACACGAACGAGUAUUUGUCUUGGGAGCUCGACGAUGAGGAAAAGGUCGACGGUAACGCUAAGCAGGCUGAGAUGAUUAAGAAGCAGGCACAAGUCGCUCAAAACGGCGGUGUCUUAGUCGAGGCAGCUUAG